AGGCUUCGUUCGGCUAUAUGUAUAGUCCAAAUCAACCUGUACAUUUUACUGAAAUCCUCACUUAUAUAUAUAUAUCUGUUUGUAUGUUUUCAGCUCCCUUCGUUUGACAGCGAUGCAGAAGAUCUCUUCGAUGACAUACUUCAAAAUGAUUCCUUUAAUUUCGAUAAAAACUUCAGUUCGGAGCUAUCUAUUAAGCAGGAACCACAAAAUUUAACCGAUGCAGAAAUAAAGGAUCGACAGAAAAAGGAUAAUCAUAAUAUGAUUGAGCGUCGUCGACGUUUCAACAUAAACGACCGAAUCAAGGAGCUUGGCACUCUGUUGCCAAAGGGAAGUGAAGCGUUCUAUGAGGUUGUACGCGACAUACGCCCCAAUAAGGGAACAAUUCUAAAGUCUUCGGUUGAUUACAUCAAAUGCUUAAAACAUGAAGUCUCGCGCUUAAGGCAAAACGAAACCCGCCAACGCCAAAUGGAGCUACAGAACAGAAAACUCAUAUCUCGCAUACGGGAAUUAGAAUUGCAGGCAAAAUCGCAUGGCAUUUCUCUCUCUGAUUACAACCUGACAUCUGUAUCAGCGCCCACACCUCCCAUCUCGUAUCUUAAGUGCUCCAGCCCAUCACCAACAACUUCAUCUGUUGGACAAAAUCAUCAAACAGCGACGUCCCUAAUGGAGGAUGUUAUUGAGGACAAGCUUCCGUUGAUCAACAGUGAUCCUCCAAGUAUGGGCUUGAAUCAAAUUGAUGAACUCAUGGAAGAUUGUAAGCACCCGUUCCAGGGAGGUGAUCCGAUGUUGUCCUCACAUAGCAGCCAUUCGCCAGUUGCCACGCAACUUCAGUGCAAUAGAGAGACUGCCAUUUAUAUUACCACAGCACAAGGUGGUGCAGAUCUGAAGCCUACCUGCACCGGCACCGGCAGCAGUAGCAGCAGCCAUGGUGAUAACAACAGCAGGUUUUGCACCCAUUCCGAUCACUCGCAUUCGUAUCCGCACCGAAGACAAGGGCAUCAGCAUCCGGAUCAUAGAGGCCAUAACGAGCAGAGUUCGUCAUUUGGCAUGCUAAAUAACGAUUGCGAUGGCUCUGGGCGCGAUCCACUACUAUCUUCAUCACAGCAACCACAUAGUACUGUUGAUGUUGACGAUCAUCAUUCAGUAGACCUCUCUGCAGUCAUGAUAAAUGAUCAUUCACUUUCAUCUUUAGUGGAUGAGUCCCAUGGCGAACCCAUGCUAUUGGCACCCGAUUCCUUAGAUAUUGACCUUUGAGAGAAAGCAAUCGAA